UUGGAGAAGCGAUGGGCAUGAGUUGGCGCUAUGUCGCGGACCGCGCAGCGACCGUCACGAGUGGCAAUGUGAUAGGUUUGAGGCAAGAAAUAUGACCGUGGCGCUGGGCAUUAUUUCGCGGAGCAAAGGGUGACCGUGCGCGAGUGGAUUAUGUGGCGUAAGUACGGGGAACGGUCACGUUACAGACUACUGAUGAGAGUCCUACUUUACCGUGUUCACGUCGAUGCGGGGGAUGCGGGGACCGCCCGAUUCUGCCCCAUGCACAUUGCGUUCAAGUAGAUGAAGGCAGCCUGACGCAAUUGCUGGUCGCUCACGACAGGGACAACGAGCGCAGGCGGACGCUGGAGGAGGGCCGCUGAACAUGAAAAAAAAAAAAAAACCAGCUGUCAAUCCCACUCUCCAUCCUCCCGCCCGUCAGUCCCAGCGGGUAGUGCAGAGCCACAGGAGUAUAUAGGACGAGCGGGGAGGGUCAGAGGCGCAUGGCUCUCUCUCCCUCCUACACCGACUUUCUCGACGCGCUUCAGCAGGCAGUCGCCAAGGCGCCGUCGCUCGACGACCUCCCGCGCAACCAGCAGGCUGCGUUCAGACGUCAGGUCAAGGCGCAGCUCGCCCUCGUCAAGCAUGUCAUUCAGCCACCGCGCAGGGUCAUCGGUGGCACGAGGGUGAAGAAGACGGCGGCGACGGCGGCGGCGACGACGACAACCCCGCAGACGUCCGACGAGCUCGCCGACGUGCGCCUCGCGGGUAUCGACGAGGCGGCCAAGGCAGAGUGGCGCAACAUGGACGACGUUUGGAAGAUCGCCAUCGACCCGCCCGAGCCCAUGUCGCGCCGCGAGACGGAGGACGCCGCGUUCGUGCGCCUCGUGCGCGGCAUCGACCGCAACACCGUGCAAGAGUGGAAGCAGUCCGCGCCCCACAACACGGACCAGAUGAUCGCCCGCCAGACGUACAACGACAUGGACGUCCACGGCGAUGACGGCGGACUGCUCGUCCAGCUGCAUAACCGCAUCUGCAUCAACGAGACCAAGCACGACGUCAGCUUCUACCGCCGCCGCCUCAUCAUCCUCGUCGACACGCUCGAGUUUGGCCUCCGCUGGCAGUCCAUCGGCCUCACCCGCACUGGACGCUCGGUCGAAAAGGACGAGUUUUACAAGGCCGUGUACAAGAACGAGGGCGGCGCCGCAGCCGAUUUCAACAAGUGGAAGGAAUCCGUCAUCAAGCCCAUCGUCAACGGCCGGAACAGGCUCGUCGACAUUUAUCGCAAGUUCGGCCUCCUCGUCCUCCUCGACCCCUUCUGGUCCGUCAAGUCGCUCGCCAACAACAGCCGCACAAAAGAGUUUCCCAAGAUCUGCCGAGCCAUCCUCGAGAACGACGGGUACGACGGACGGGACGACACGGCCACACUGGCCUUUUUCAGCAGCAUCGGCGCCGAACGACUCGUCAAGCGCGUCAUCCAGCUCGAGCGCGAGCUCAACGAGGAGGACGGCGAAGAGGAGGAGGAGGAGGAGGAAGAGGAAGAGCAGGAGGAUGACAGACAGUCGCUCGGUUGGCUCCAGACUCCCAGUAGCAGUCUUUCGUAGGCAAUGCAUUCGAAAUGUAACGACAUCCGUGACCGUCACAGUUCGUAUUCGUGACGUGAUGGCAAUUCCACUCUCGACAAUGAC